CCUCCAUUGCUAGUGUAGUGUCUGAAUGGAUCAAUAUCUUUGAUCAAAUCAUCACUAUACCAGCAUUGACAUUAUAUCAAAAUGUCUUCUCCCCAGGGGUGGACUGACAACUCAUGGGGCCCCCGGGCAAUAGGGGAUCAUGGGGCUCCUGUGUCCUUUCCCAAACUCAAAAAAGCCUAUGAAAAAGGUACCAGGGGCAUCUCAAGGGGCCUUCUACUGACCCUGGGCCCUCGGGCAGUACCCGAGUUUCCAAAUGGUCAUUCCGCCCCUGCU